ACAGGAUGCCCAGCAGCACUGGAAAGAGGUUUAAACCCACUAAAUACAUCCCUGUCUCCACUGCAGCUGCCUUACUAGUGGGUUCGACUACUUUAUUUUUUGUUUUCACGUAAAAUAUGCUAAACAAAAAACAAGAUCCCUGCCCUGAAGAACUUACAGUCUAAAGGCACAGGCGGGUACAGUACAGUGAACAGAGGCAUGAGGACGUUAUCGCUGGUACACCGUGUGGAACAGAGUACUUAAAAUGGAAUGACUGAGAUCAACAAGGCCUUCAUGAGAUUUCAGGUUUGAGUCACAUUUCAUACUGGCAGCCCUGUAAACACAAUCCAGGAUCUGAAAAUCAAGCUGGGCUCAUCCCUUGUGGCCCACCAUCACCAACAAUGUACUGCAGGACAACUUAUUUCCCAAUUGACAUGGAUCCAGAUACGCUUUGCAUACUAUAUGCAGUUUUUAGUGGGCUGCAGCAGCAAUUGCAGGAGAUGAGGAAGGAAGUAAAUAGUUACACAGACUGGUGCACAAAGGUUGUGGACACGCACAGGUGCCCCUGGUUAACAAGAGCCAUCUCCCCAGCCAUCCCUGUGUACAAUGGGCUCGUGUUCUUGUUCGUACUUGCAAACUUCAGCAUGGCGACGUUCAUGGACCCUGGAGUUUUUCCACGAGCAGAUGAAGAUGAGGAUAAAGAUGAUGACUUCCGAGCUCCACUCUACAAGAAUGUGGAGAUUAAAGGAAUCCAAGUACGGAUGAAAUGGUGUGCCACCUGCCAUUUCUAUCGCCCGCCCCGCUGCUCCCAUUGCAGCGUCUGUGACAACUGCGUUGAGGACUUUGACCAUCACUGCCCAUGGGUCAACAAUUGCAUAGGACGGAGGAACUACCGAUAUUUUUUCCUCUUCUUGCUGUCCUUAAGCACACACAUGGUCGGAGUGUUCAGCUUUGGGCUGAUCUAUAUUUUAAACCAUAUGGAAAAGCUGGGGGCAGCUCACACCACCAUUACCAUGGCUGUCAUGUGUGUGACUGGAUUGUUCUUUAUCCCAGUCAUUGGUCUCACAGGUUUCCAUAUUGUUCUAGUGGCACGAGGGCGUACAACCAAUGAGCAGGUGACGGGUAAGUUCCGUGGGGGGGUGAAUCCUUUCACUCGAGGAUGCUGCGGUAACGUGGAACAUGUGCUCUGCAGCCCUCUGGCUCCCAGGUACAUUGUUGAGCCAAAGAAAAAGCAGGCUGUGAGUGUGAAGCCUCCUUUCUUCAGACCAGAUCUAUCCGAGCGACAGAUCACAGUGAAGAUAAGUGACAAUGGGAUCCAAGCCAAUCUUAACCGAAGCAAGUCUAAAGUUAGCCUGGAAGGUCUGGAGGAUAAAACCAUGGACAUCCAGCCACCUCUGCCUCCCAAAGGAGAUCCAAGCAAGUACUCUGAACUGAAGGGGCAGCUGGGAACCAGUGAAGAGAGUGGUCUUUCACCUAAAUUGAUCAGUCCCCCAACUCCUGCCAUGUAUAAGUAUCGACCAGCUUUCAGCAACAAUCCCAAAAUCCACUACCACGCUGCGGCUGAGCAGAUCACCAUGCAGGAGGGACACAAGCAAGGAGUUUUGAUUGAAGAGAAUAACCAGAGUCUUGAUUAUCAAUCGGAGCCCAACCUGGACAUCCCGAACUACAGGAAGAGCUCGCUUCACAAGACUUAUCAGUCCUCCCCACUCCAGAUAGACUCCUUCGCUGUCAAUUCGCGAUCCCUGAGCUUGAAGUCUGCCAGCAGGAGAGGGACAGACAAAGUGCCACUGCAUCCAAUAAAAUCAGAAGGGGCUGCUUCCACCCCCUACAAAAGCAUCUUUUCCCCCAACUCCCUGUCAAACAGAAAUGGAAGUCUGUCUUAUGACAGUUUGCUAAACUCCAUGUCCCCCUCCGGGAGGAAAUGCAUAGCCCAUUCUGCUGUUGGCUCCGUGGGGUACCAUUCGCCAUAUUUGUCAGCCAAAAUGUGCCACCUACGGGGGAGCGAGCUGCAGCGCCAGGCUCCACAGAGUUUCAGCCCGGUGCUGGGGGGCCCAGCGCCGCACCAGCGGGACCCCUCUCCCGUCCGUUACGACAACCUUUCAAAAACCAUCAUGGCAUCCAUCCAGGAGAGGAAAGAAAUGGAAGAGAGGGAGAAGCUCCUCCUCUCACACCCAGAUUCGGUGUUUGCAGACUCGGGUGUGUAUGACACUCCUAGCUCUUACAGCCUUCAACAAGUCAGCGCGCUGUCUGAAGACCCUCGCAGCAUGGUGAUGAGAUAUGGCUCCAGAGACAAUUUGAUGACUGCGACCAGUUUUAGCACAAGGAACCCUAUACUGCAGUCCUCAGUGUCUUCCCUCUCAAGUGCAAUGGCCAGGGCACCAAGGACUUCCACAACUUCCCUUCAAGCUGAUCUAGCCAAUAACAAUGUCCAGUCCCAUCAGGCACUACAAGGCAGGAUGAGCAAUGGCUCCUACAAGUCACCAGGCCAUCAGGUCCCAUCAUCCCCUACAGGGAUGCCUAGGUCACCCUCUUAUGGAGGUCCGAAGGCUGUCUCAUUUGUUAACACUGUGGAAAUAACGGAGGUGCAAUCUGUGGGAGCACAAAGGGAGGACAUGCAGCUGAAGACACCUCACAGUAAAAUAAAUGGACAGCCAAAAGGAAUUUCCAGGGCAGAUUGUCGGCUGGGUUCAACGUCAAGUUCCCAGGGGGCCCCGGUCAGUCCUGCUAGACACUCAAACGUUAAGAAGGUGUCUGGUGUUGGUGGAACAACCUAUGAAAUUUCAGUGUAAAAUAAAAAUUAAAAAUUAAAAUAAAGAGCCAUCCAUUAAGCCAGCCAUGAAGCUAGGUGCACUGUGAAGACUCAAACAACAUCAACCACAAAAGGAGCAGCAGCUGCCAGUGUCCUUUUUGGGGUUUUUUCUGUUUGUUUGUUUUCAUCUUUCUCUUUUGCCCAAAAAAAGAGCUGCAGCCUUAUUCUUGUGGAAAUAAAAUUGUACAGUCCAUCAGAAACUGUCUCGAACUGACUGCGGAAACUGGCUACCACCUAGCACCACAACCAUAGAGAUUAUUUCUUUCAUGAAGGAGAGUGAAAAAGCCAUUGUGUAUUUGUCUGUCAAACAAAACUGUCAUGUAGAAGUUGUGCUGUGAUGAAGAAUUAAUCUGGGGUCAUGUUUUUCCUCACCACAAGAUUUCUGGCCAGCAAAAUCUCGGGACAAGCCACUGGCUAGACUCUUAUUUUCUUAUAGACAUGGAGACCAGACUUGUUUGCAGUCUGUGUGUAUGAGAACUACCAUUUGUCCCCAAAGCAUUGUUGGUGUUAUUCCUCCUGCUUUAAAGGAACCAGGCAGGGUGCAGUGACCCUCAAGCAUCAUGUAGUGUUUUAAAGUCUCUCUCCCCCCCGCCCCCCGGCUCUAGGUGGAGGGGAGAAAGAAUAGCAGCAGCUUCUCACUGUCCAUGAUUCGCCUCCCUGUGUGUGAAAUUGUGUGUGUGUGUGCAUUUGUGUCUUAUGGAAUCGGACUGCCACAUAAGUAAGGAUUUAUCAUUCCUCCCUGUUGCUCCACCUCCCUCUGUUUUUAAAGGCUUCUUACUCUGAAAAACAAGCCUCUAAAACAUAAAAAAAAAUCAGAUGGGAAAAUAUCUCUCUCCUCCUUUUUGUUUAUGGGAUGUAUGCAGUAACAUGGUUUAUUGUCUUGCAGUGGUGCAGUGUGUAUAACCUUAGAGGAAAGUUAUCAUGAUCUGUUGAAUUUGCAGUGUGUGUGACUGAGCCAAGCACAUACCUAGAGAAUAUAAAUUUGCUGCCUGCCUAAUGACCACCAGCCCUUAAUAUUGCUGGGCAGAAAGUUUUUUCCAGUCAAUAACUUUUUUCAAUAUCAGUUAUGUCCAUUUAGUUCUCUGGGCUUUCCUCCUUCUCCUGCCCCCACAAAGCUAUGUUUAUCUUGUUGAGUUUUGAGGCAACAUUAUUUUAAGAACCAAAAAAAAAGCCAGGCAGAUAGCAUAUGGAAUCUCUGCCUUCUGUCUGGCUCUUCAGAGGCAAAUAGGUUUUGCUGGACAUCUAAAUUCAUCUCCCCUUCAGGAUGUUGGCUUCAAAGGGAUUAAUGUUUUAUCUACAUGCCAUGCUGAAAAUGGAGAGAUCUCCAGAUAUUUGAUAGUCAGAAUUUAUGUAACAAUGCAGAAAGAUAGUUUGUUUUAAUGAACACUAAGAUUUAUUGUCCAUUGAGGAAAAUACUGACCUCAGCUUUGUCUUAGUUAACAUUUGCCUCAUGAUUCAGUAAAUCUUGACAGCCACCUCAAUAUCUGCUUAUUAUGUCCCUUGUAUAUCACAUCUCUUUUUGAGAGGUCAGAUAGAAAUGCAUGGUGGGGUUAAUCAUGCUUCUGAGUAAUGUUCUUGGCUUGAACCAGAUCAUCUGAAGAGAGAAAUUUGGAAAGUAACAUAGCAGAAAUAGACCCAAAGUAAUAGUGGACAGCAAAGUAAUUAUAAGCUUGCAGUGCAGUAUGACAGCAAAAAGGCCCAAUGACAUUUUGAACUGCAUACACAGAGGCAUCACAGAGCUGAGAAGAAAUAGUCCCUCUGUAUGGCUUUGGUAUAAUUUUAUCUAGAGUUUUAUCAUUAGUUACAGGCACUUUAUUGCCAGAAUUAUAUUGACAAAUUGGAUCAAGUUCAGAGGGGAACAAUAGCUAUAAACAGAGAGCUGGAGAGGCUGAUUUAAAAAAAGAUUAAGAGCUAAAAUGUGUAAUUAAUUGACUGAGCAAUGAUUAAGGGAAGGGGGUAUGAUAAGCUUACAGAUAUGUAAUUUAAAGGAUGUAGUCCCAAAGAUGAUACAGGAGGUUAUCACUGGUAGCAAAUGUCUUGUAUUUAAAAGGAAAAACAUUAAACUGAAUAGCAGGGGAAGGGGUUGUGGAAUAGUCUUCUAGUAGGAAGCCUGAUCACUUAGGACAUUUAAAACUAAAUUGGACAAAGUCUUAGAAAACUUUCUACAGGGAUCAAUCGUGUACUGGCAAGGGGCUGGUCGAGAUGGCCUUAUAGUUCUCUUCCAUCUUUAAUUUCUACUCAUCUGCAAUUCCAGCACGAAUUUAACUCCUUGAGGGGUGAAAUUCAUCUCUGUGGAGAGAGUAGCACAAGGCCUAUGCAUCACUUAAGUAUCACUUAAUGUCACACUUAAGCCAUCAAAAGAGGGGUUAAGUGGAACGUAGACUUUGUGUUGGCAGUCUGCACAGGGGCAGAUUAUAUCACCCUGAGUGAUUAUAAAACCAAGCCAUCCAAGUAAGGCUUUUAUAUUGCACCAGUGUAGCUUUGAAAAUAUGCAUCCCAUGGCACUACACUGUGAAUAUACUUUAUGAUGUUAGAAAAGAACAAUCUACAUAUUUUAAGGCCAAAUAGGCCUUUGAAAUUACUACAUAAACUCCUGAGCAAGAAUGGCUCAAUAAGACUAAACACAGUACUAUAUGUACUAUAUGUGUAAACCUUUCAAACACUUAUAGCCAGGGUUAUUUAGCUAUAACUCAUGGAGAGAGGAAGAAAAAUAAUUGCAUUGGGGAUACAAACAAUUAGGUUACAGUGCAACUUCUAUAUACUUUUUCUGAAGGUGGCUUAACUAGAGUUGAGACUCAUCUGGCACGUUAGUAGGCUUAUGAUGGUACUAAAAUUCUUUUUUGAAGUUUGCAUAUAGAGUAGUGUGAAUGACCUGGAGAUGGAAGUAAAUUUUUCAACUCUUCCUGGAAGUAGUAUUCUAAGAAGUAUUCUAAGAAGUAAUUUGAGAUUGUACACAGCAAGUUCAGCCCCAUUCCCAUCUAAGGCCCCAGCCCUGCAACUGGAGCCAAAUGAGCACAAGCAUCUGCUUGCAUAGUUCCUAUUGGAGGACUGGGGAUCUACUCAUUAGCAAAACUGCUGUUGACUUUGGGAGCAAGAUCUGGCCCGUGUUAUUUUUUCCAGCUUUCCAAAAUUACAAGUUCUUCAAGCAAUUUACAAAUUAUUAAUGAUGUGCUACUUUUACUCACAUAGUCCUUCAGUUUUUAUAGACAGUAAGGCCCAGAACUUCAGAUGGUGUGAUUUGGUGUAGCUCUCUUUAAAUUGGCUAGCGUUAUGCCAAUUUACAUUCAUUGAGGAUCUGAUCCCCUGGAUCGUAACAGAAGAUCCACUGCAGGUUAAUAUGUUUUUUAAGUAGCCUCUUGUUUUGUCUUUCUUAAUUUGUACUUCAAAAGUCUUAAAUCUUUUUAAUAUGUUUUUAUUUUUAGCAGUAGAUUGUAUAUUAUGUCUAUUUCUUAUUUAAGAAACAUCGAGUUUUCAUUGCAAAUCCCAUUUUAUUAGCAUCAUUUCACUGUUCAUUCAUUCCAGUUUAACACCCAAGUUUCAUUUUAGUACAGUAUGUCUUGAGAGAGCUGAAUCUCUGUAGCUUUAAUUAACUGUGUAAUAAAUAGAGUAACAUGAUAUUAAAUGAACCUUACUCCAUGAAUGGGUGAGAGAGGAGAUGUUUUUACGUGAAGCCUUACAAUUUUUCUUUUUUUUAUUUCUUUGUGUUUUGACUUAAUCAGAAGACCUGCAUAGCAAUGAAUUUGAAAUGGUGGGCCAAAUUCUGCUCCGACUUACAACUAUAAUUUGGCUCUGUAUGUUGAAAACUGGAUGUAGAAGUAACUGAGUGAGCAAAAAUGUUGUGUUGUCUGAAGGGGAAAAAACCUUAGGGUUCUGUAUUUUCAUGCAGCUGGGUAAUAAAGUUUCAGAGAAUUGCAGGCCUGUGAUAAGUAUAUUAAAGAAAUCUCUGCCUUGCAUUAUUGUGGGAGGCUAUCACAGGAAGCACACAGCCAACACAUGUUUGUAUUUACUUUUUAAAUUAAAUAAAACCCAAAUUCAAUAAUUUCUUUUGGUUAACCUCAGCUGUAAGAGCUACCCAGACCUAUGCUUUAAUGUCCAAAAUCUGAUAUGUGGCAAAUGAGCUGUUUGUGUUGCUGUGUUGAAAAUGGAAGCCAAGUAUUAUCUGAACUUUGCCUAGGAUAAUUGCAUCAUGAAUACUAUAAGGGCGCCUCUUCAGAUGAUGGCUGCACUCCUAUAAAGCUUAAAUGAUGUGGAAAUUGCAAUGCAGUUUUCUUUGUACUAUACCUCUGGUCCAGCCUAGAUAUAUAUAUAUAUUU